CUCCAACAUGGCCUUGUAAGCAAAAUACAAAUACGUUACGAUUCCUCUAAGGAAAUAAGGUUUAUUCAUACGAAGGUAUAUACUCAUUAGAUCUCUAAUGGGCUUUUGCCUGAAGACUACGAUUAAUUAAUUCGUUCUGUUUGUAGGCGUAUUCCAUUUCUAAAAGAAAGAUUGACGGCUACCUCUUCGACGAUUAAAAUACAGAGUGAACAUGAUGUGUGGUCAGAAAACCUUGGUCUUGACCCUGGCAUUGGUCUCCGUCAUGUUGAUGUGUCCUGGUGACUGCCAAGCUUCAUGCUGUUGCCCAACCUUCUGGACUGCAUACAACAGUAGCUGUUACAGAUUGUUCAGUUACAGUAUGAAUUGGCAUGAAGCCGAGGCACAUUGCAACCAAUUCUCCAGACCAUCUCUUGGUGAUGGAGACAGGGAUAGCUUUGCUCAUCUUGUGUCCAUCCAUUCUCCAGAUGAGCACGAUUUCGUUGUUUCUUACUUCAGAUCUACAGGAAUCAAGGAUCAGGGAGAUGAUGAAUCAACUGGGCGUGACAUGUGGGUUGGUUUCCAUGACAUCGCCAGCGAAGGGAACUUCGAGUGGACCGACCGAUCCUCGUUCAACAUGAACGUGUGGUCCCCCGGACAGCCCGACAACUCUGGUUCGAGAGAACACUGCGGGGAGAUUAGAGGCGUCUACGGCUAUAGAUGGAACGACGAACCGUGUGACCGAGUUGCUCAAUACUUCAUGUGCAAGUUACCAGUUUGGUAAAUUGAACGCCUUUCCACGAGGCCGAGGAUUACGUUGGUCUACAUCGAAUUUAUUUUCUUGAACUGCCUAAUCGUUGGGUGAUGACGUCUAAAGACAGGAGUGGUUCUAGGAUUUCGAAGGGGGGGGGGGUAACCUGAUUUUGGCGCCCAUGUGUACCUUUCGAACAAAAGUUCCUUCCAAAUGCAUGUUAAAUUAUCUUGUUUCAUAGUCAAAGAGAAAAAAGGUCAAUUAAAGACCGUUUUUUUUAAUGAUGUGCUCAUGAAAAAAAAAAAAAACGUGAUAUACCUUUUUAAAAAAAUGCGAGCGCGAGCGAUUUUCUGUUGUCUUUUUUAAGCAUUUGGGGGUUAACCAUCUCGCAAUCUUAGAUCAGCUGGGAAGGAUCUUUUAAAUUGUUCUGUUGUUCAGACCAAGUUUUUUUGCCCAUGCUCCCCCUUCACUUUGGAAUACUACCCCAUCUCCUACACCAAAAUUUAAACCACUUUAAAAACAGAUUUAUUUAAGAAGACUUUUAAAUAAGUUAGUACCAUGAUUGCCAGCAAAUUUCUCUCUUUUCUUUGCCUUUUCUGUCUUCUUAAAAAAAGUGCAUAUCAUAAGGGGAUCCAGCAGGGGGUCUGAGGGGCCCCGUCCCCUCCUAUA